GGCAUCAAAAACUAGAUUUUAUGAUUUAAACAUAUUAGUCUUUUCUUUCUUACAACCUUGAAAUUAUGGAGAUUACAUUAUUAUCAUCAUGUUCCUAUAAUCCAAUCAACACGUAAAGAGAUAUCUGCUAAUAGUACCAGUUAGAUUUCAUAUUGUUGGUUUAGAUGGCUGUAGUUCCAGUUUUCUGCAAAAUUCCUUACAAAGAACAAGCGAUCCCACCCCCUCAAAAUUCAGCAAGACAGCAUGAGAGAGGUCUCACGUGCUUAUGUUAUGCCUUUCCACUUUCUUGUAGUGCACGCAAGCGGUGGCAAGUCCUCUGUCUGUAUCCUAGUGCUGAUAUUUCCAUGAAAACGAAGACAAGAGGAGAAGGAGCAAUUCUCAUUCAAGGUGCUCUGCAUUUCCACAACACCAUUGAAGGAUUGGCCCUGCAUAAAGUCUGGAAUUUAAAAGGAGAAGAUUACGUGGCAUCACAUUUAUCAAAGACUAGUACUAAUCAGAAGCAACUGAGAUUACUAGAUUCUUAUUUUGGAAAAUUACAAGGCAAUGCAACUCAGCAAUCUUCAAGUUCUCCUGAGAAGACAAUGGGGUUACUGGAUAAAAGCAGACAAAUCAAUACAAAGGAGGAAUUGAAAACUCUAGAUUCCUAUCUUGGCAAACUUAAUAAAGAUGCAAUCUCCAGAAAAGAUGUUUCAUCUACUUUUGAUGGCCAAACUAUUGAAGAAAAUCCAGCAGAAAAUCAUGAAAAUUAUGUAAGAGGUGAUGAGGAGAAGCCAAAAAGUUUCAUUAAGUUGAGCCAAAGGGAUGUAAAUAGUGAUUCUGGGAGAUCUCAAGUCCUGCAUCAAAAUGAUGAAACCUCGGAUUUGUAUUUAAUAAGCAUUUUGGCUUCUAUAAACAUUGCAGUUGUUUUGUUUGAAAUAGCCAGUCCAGUUAGAAAUUCUGAGUUUGAGCUCUUUUCUAUCCCAUUAAUCUAUGGAGCAAAGAUAAAUGAUUUGAUCCUGGUUGGAGAAUGGUGGAGGCUAUUGACACCAAUGUUUCUGCACUCAGGGGUGUUUCAUGUGGCUCUUGGAUGUUGGUCACUUCUUACAUUUGGACCACAAGUUUGCCGAGGUUAUGGUUCAUUUACGUUUUUCUUGAUAUACUUGCUCGGGGGAAUUUCCGGCAACCUGACAAGCUUUCUUCAUACACCACAGCCAACUGUUGGUGGAACAGGACCAAUAUUUUCUAUAAUUGGAGCUUGGCUCGUUUACCAAGUACAAAACAAAGGUGUAAUUGAUAAGGAUGUUUCAGAGAGCAUGUUCCAGAAGGCAAUAAUCACAACUGGUCUUAGCUUCAUACUGAGCCAUUUUGGUCCAAUUGAUGACUGGACUCAUUUAGGAGCAGCUUUAACUGGCAUAGCGUAUGGAUUUUUGAUAUGCCCAACACUGCAGCUGGACAAUGCAUCUUCGGGAAGUGGCCAAGAUGAAGGCAUUGCGCUUCUUAGAAGAAGUGCAAAUCCUUGUAAAUCACUUGUGUUAUUCGCCGUCUUCAUUCUUUGCUUAGGUUCUUUACUUUUCUUUAUGGAACCUCCUCUAGACUCUGAGGUACCUGAUGAGUUGUUGUGGUUUUGAAAACAUUGCAAAUACCUUUGUGUGGGAUGUGCCUAUGGUGCUGUUUCAACUGGGAAACAAAGGACAGACAUCUGUAUUUAUAGCAAUAAAUAAUUUCUUUGUAGUGAUC